AUGAAGGCAGCACAGCGGAGAGGCGUGUUUGAUCAUCGUGGGUCCGUGAAGGCAGCACAGCGGAGAGGCGUGUUUGAUCAUCGUGGGUCCGUGAAGGCAGCACAGCGGAGAGGCGUGUUUGAUCAUCGUGGGUCCGUGAAGGCAGCACAGCGGAGAGGCGUGUUUGAUCAUCGUGGGUCCAGGAUCGGCAGCAAUUACGAGGCUUUCCCACAGGGGUCGUCUGUAAACGGUCAAAUUACAGCAUCACUUUGGGUCAAAACUAAGAGUCUGGACAGGUGGUGGUCGUCAUACUUACGGUGUGUGGCGUGA